AUGAUAGCUUCUUCACCUUCAUCACCAGACGCAUCAGCUAAUAAGCAACAACAACCUCAACAACAUCAAUAUCAACAACAACAAAUUAUUUCGAUAUUUCCUCACGAUGCGGAUGAUGAUAUCUUUUCAGUGGAGGAACCUAAUGGAGGAGGUCGUAACGGAAGCAAUACAGGUGGCUCAUCAGCCACUGAAUCAUCAGCAAGUGGAACAACGGCAACAGAUGUAGACUAUUGGGAGGAACAUAAAAGAAAGUGGCGAAGUAAUAGUAAAGGAAAUAAUUUUAAUAUUAUGCGAUUUGUAUCAUCUAGUUCGAGGUCAUCAGGUUGCCCUAAUGUUGAUAGUUAUCUUGGUGAUGGAAGUGAUGACAAUCCUGAUUUCAAUCCAAAAGACUAUUCACUUGUCUUUGAACAAGUAUUGAAAGAUAGAGAAUGUUCAGAAUUAUUCCUUACCUUUUUGAAAGUUUCAAAAGCUGAGGAGCCUUUUGAAUUCAUUAUUGCUUGUGAUGAGUAUAAGAAGGUUUAUUCCAAGUGGCGAGAGAACAAUAUGGAGAUGAAUGCCACUAAGAUCACAACAACCACAAGUUCUUCGAGCCACGAUUAUACAGAUGACUCACUAGAUAAUCAGCCAAUGAAGACAAUGGAUAAGAUCAGUGUUGUUACUGAAAAAAGUAUCUCCUCAAGUACAUCUAGGGAUGAUCUUAAUCAUCAGGAGAAUAAUAAGGAUGAUCCUUCUAAAGUUGUUGAAAAAGAUCAUUCAAAUAUUUCCACACCAACAAUCGAAACAAGCCCAAAUACAAAUGUGGAUGAGAGUAGAGAUCAGACUUCCUUCGAUUUACUUUCAAAGCAACUAAAGACCAGUAAGGAACAGAUAUACAAAUUGAUGAACAAGGUCAAAAAGGAAAUAAUUGAAAGGUUUAUCAUAGAACAGGCAGAAAAAGAAUUACACAGAGGUCCUCUCAAAACAGACCUAUUAAAGAGUUGGCUUAUCAUUUCUGAAAUGCAUAAGGACUUGAUCAAAGAGGAGACCAAGAAGUAUUCCAUAACCGAGCUAAAAUCAAAGAAUACAAUUGUUCAGGAAAUCGGCAACAAGUUGGAUCCAAAUGUAAUAUUUAGGGAUUUGUACAAUAGUGUCCAUUUAGAUUUACAAGUUGACUCGUUUCCAUGGUUUUGUAAACACCCAGACGUUUUAUAUUUUUUGAAGAGAAAGGGUGAGGAAUAUACUAGAUCCGUAGCUGUGAAGAAUUAUUCAUUCAACAUUUUGGACUGGAGAAUUAAGGAGAGUGACAUCAAAGACAAGGUAAUUAAGCGAGAACAUUUUUAUUUUGGUUUCUCCCUAUUAUUGGAGGACACUAAGGAUUGGAAAGUCAUACGAGAUAAACGUGGCUUGAAAGUAUUAGCAUCCAAGCAAGUCUAUACUUUCGAUAAGGCUCUAGCUAGUAGAAUGAAAUUGACCAAAUUUUCAACAACUAUUGAUUGCCCACUGGAAAAAUUUUGGAAUAUUUUCACCAAUAUUGAAAAUCAGCAGAAACUGGACAUUAAUUCUGAAAUACAGGUUAAGGAAUGUAACACUAAUGUAUCCACUCAUAAUGCUACCAAUCCAUUUGCUUUUGGAGUUUGUGAAACAGUGUCGAAAUUACCAUUCAUGGCGACAAGAAAAUCCCGAUACAUUUAUACAGCUAUAGAAGAGCCUUCAAUUGAUGCAAUAUUCGUAAUAGGGCACUCGUUGCAGGAUGAAUCUGUCGAGAAAGAGUCAGAAACAGCAACCUUUUCAAAAGAGUACUUCUUUUAUCUUUUUACAAAUUUGAAAGAAACAAAACAGACGAGAGUUGAAGGAUGCCAAUAUUCUGAUCUUAAAUUGAUUCUGACGUCGCGUAAGAAGUUUUUGGUCAAACAGUACAAACUUUUCUACAAGUUAAUCAAAUCGCUUAGCCUUUCGAGUUCAACUACUUCCCACAAUGAUUCUCUGAAUUACAACAAGAUUUUACAAUCUUGCCUUCUACUUGUUACCCUCUCCCAACAAGCAACAGUAGAACAACAAGCCAAACUUUCCCGCCACGAAGAUUUACUCGUAAAAUUACAAACACAGCUGGAGAGUAAUUUUAAAACUUUACCGAGAAAAAAGCAAAAUACUCAGAGAGGCGCCAAUGAUAUAAUCAUCAAUGAGGAGAGUGAAGAAGAUCCAUCCGAAGUUAGUAAUAAUAGUAACAACAAACUGAGGGAUGUCUUUAUAUUGGGAAAGAAAUUUGCUGAUGAUGAAUUGAUGAAUAGUUUUCUUCAUGGAAGAAAGAUUUUGUUCAAUGGAGAGCGAUACAUUGAUACAGAGAAUACUCCUUCACUCUUGCAAAAGCUUGUUACCUUGAAAAGAGCUGAAAAUCAACAAGAAGAAGUAGAGGAGGAUAACACAGAGUUGGCUGACAAGGCUUUUGAUGAGUUCAAACAAGUUCUCAAAGAAAAGGUUACACCAACAGAAAUCUAUGUAACAGUCAAAUCACCUGUAAAGACAGGCUUUGGAGACUUUUUGAAACGUUACUUUGAAAGUAAUUCUGAAGUCAAUUAUCAUCCACACAAUAGUUUCGUUUUGGUUGCUCCUUCAAUUGUUUCUGUUUUGGAUAAAUUGAAAAAGAUUGAUCAAAAGAGAUUGAGUAAGGAACAACAAAAGACUGAGGAUGACAAUCUUGCUGAUGAUAUAUUGUGGGUUGGUCUUGCUGAUCCAUCUUACAAGGUUAGUCAUGAAUUGCAAGCAAAUAAGAAAAAGCCACUCGCCACAGUCAGUCUUGAAGUUCAAUUAUUUUACAAUACUGAUAUGGAAGGUCUUAUUAGAGAGUGGAGAAAUAUUGCUUUUGAUCUCAUUGAUAAAACCAAUGUUGAACAACUCAUCAAAACUGAAGCUAAGAGAAAUGUUAUUAUUUACAAGAAGAAGGAUUUGACAAUUGCUGUUACCAUUCCACAAAUUAUUAAGGAUAGUAUUAUUGAAAUUCUUUCAAAGAGUCCACUUUCUCGUCACAUUCAAAAGGAAGAAAGCUUUGGUCUUGAAUCUGAUUUUGAGGAUGAUGAAGAAGAAGAAGCUGACAUUCCUUUCAGCCAAUUUUAUCAAAACUAUGUCAAGGAAAAAUCUUUUGAACAAGCUGAUUCUGACAGUGAAGCUGCCACUGCUUUUAACAAAUUGUUAAGCGAACAAGAAUAUUCUUUGGAUGAUGAAGAAACCUUCCAAUUGUUAUCUGCUGUUAAUCCAUUGAGUGAUUCCUACAAGUCAGUUCUCUUCAAAUACGGAUCAACCAAGUCAGCAACAUCUAAAACUUAUUUGGGUGAAAAAUUCCAUCAAAUUGCCAAUACUACUCUCAAUUUUGUUGAACAUGACAAGAUUGGCCACUCUGCUAUGCCUGAUGUUAAAUGGAUGUGGGAAAAGGGAUUCACUGGAAGAGACCAAGUUAUUGGUAUUGGUGAUACUGGUGUUGAUAUUAACAAUUGUUGUUUCUAUAGAAGAGGACAAAAGGUUCCUUAUAACAAGAUUGAAACUGACACUCACGAUAAGUUUAUUUCUUACAAGAGUUUUGCUGAUGAUAGAGACAUUGUUAGAGGUCACGGCUCUUUUGUUUCCUCAAUCUUGUCAUGCUCUAUCAAGGGAGACCAAUUCGAUGAUGGAGAAGAAAUGAAGGAUUUAUUUGAUGGAGUUGUUAAAGAUGCCAAGUUGUGUUUCUUUGAUCUUGGUUUACCAACUCGUCGUCUCAGUGUUCCUCAUGAUUUGAGUGGAGAUUACUUCCCAUACAUGCACAACAAGUGUAAUGCCAAGAUUUCAACAAACAGUUGGGGUAGUCCAAAGAGAGGCAUGUACACAAUUGCCUCCCAAGAUGUUGACGAAUGGGCCUAUAAGAAUCCAAAUACUAUUCAAUUGUAUGCUGCUGGUAACAGUGGCAGAAGUGGUACUAGAAGUAUCACAAGUCCAGGUACCUGCAAGAAUUGUAUCACUGUUGGUUCUUCUCAAUGGACUAGAAAGAGUUUCGAACUUGGUUAUCCACUCUAUGGUGAUAUUAUUAGACACGAAAUGAUGGAAACUCAAAUGUGUCUCAAGGGAGGUCAUGGAAGAAUGCUCUUUGCUACUCCAACCUUCUGUAAAUCAAUUGGUGCCAAGAGAUCUCCAUGUUUUGAUCACAAACAAUCUUUCUGUGAUAGUAUUGAUAUUACUGGUGAAAAAUUUGCUUGUUCCAGUCAUAUUUUCAAGAAGGUUUGUUGUGGAAAGAAGUACUUGAAUGACAUGAUUGAACACCCAGAACAUUUCAGUCCAAACAAUAUGGGUACCUUUUCCUCAAGAGGACCAACUACUGAUGGUAGAAUCAAACCAGAUAUUGUUGCUCCUGGUCAACUUAUUUUCGGAUCUCGUUCAUUGGGUACUUCCUCAGCUGAUGAUUCUGAAGAGAUGGCUGAUUCAUUCUCUAAUAAGGGUUAUUGUCCAGUUCCUAUCGCCAAUCAAGGUACUAGUUUUUCCACACCAAUCGUAGCUGGUUAUGCCUCAAUGGUUCAUCAAUACUUUACCAAGGGAUUUUAUCCAACUGCUAAAGAAAAUUCACAAAACUCUGUGGAUCCAACAGGUGCCACUUUGAAGGCUAUUCUUGUUAACAGUGGUCAAGAAUUGACUGGAAUGGUUGAAGCUAAUGGUGCAGGAUUGUGGAAGAAACUUCACGGUACUCCUUCAUUCACUCAAGGUUUCGGAUUGGUUCGUCUCAGACAUGUCUUGCCUUUUGCUGGAGAGUCUGAUUUUAACAUGUUCGUUUCACAACAAGAUUCAGUAACAACAGACAGUUAUAAGCAAUAUUGUUUCAGAGCUGUUCCAGUUAAAAGCACUAAGGAUCAAGCAUUCAAGGAAUUGGAUCAAGCAUUGAAGGCAACACUUGUUUGGACUGAUUAUCCUGGUUCACCUAAUGCAAGAAUUCAACUUGUCAAUAACCUUGACUUGGUUGUUAAAAUUGAAAAUAAUGGUCAAGAACAUUAUGGAAAUGGUGGAAGAGAUUAUAUCAAUAAUGUGGAACAAGUUAAAAUUAAUGGAUAUUCCAAGCACAUUGCUGACAAGACUGUUUUCCGUGUUGUCGUUGAAGGCACACAAGUUCCUAAAGGGCCACAAACAUUCUCUCUCAUUGUAAAUGGACCUCUCGAAAAGAUUGAAUGUACUGGUGAACCAAACUUGAAGAAUACAAGAAUUGUCAAAAAUCCACCAGUUAAGAAUCAAAAGGAACCAGAAUUACUUUCUGCCUUUAUGAAGGUUGUUGGUGGUUCCCUCUUGUCUGACAAUUCUGAGGAAAAUUAAAUAAAAUUGUCUCCUAUUGUAAUAC